UUUUUUUUUUCCUAUUCCAAAAAAGAAAUAACAACAUAUAUUAAUGUCAACACCCAAGUCUAUUCUACAUGGUGGUUAUCAUCACCCUCUUAGUCGCAGCUGGCAAGCGGAACGAACUGUAACAAAAGAUAUGCUCAUGUAUCCCAUCUUUAUUACGGAUGAUCCACAAGCUUUGGUACCACUCGAAGCAUUACCUGAACAAUAUCGUAUUGGCAUUGAUCGGUUAGAAGGUUUCUUAUCUCCUCUAGUAAAAAAAGGACUCAAGUCAGUGAUUAUUUUUGGUGUUCCUCUCAAGGAAGGUGUCAAGGAUCCUGAAGGUAGUAAGGCAGAAGAUCCUCAAGGUCCCACUAUUGAAGCAGUCAAGUUGAUUCGUCGAGUGUUUCCUCACGUCUUUGUUGCUUGUGAUGUUUGUCUUUGUGAAUAUACAUCUCAUGGUCAUUGUGGUAUUUUACGAGAAGACGGUACUCUCAAUAACACUUUAUCAGUAGAACGUAUGAAAAAUAUAGCUGUGAGUUAUGCAAAGGCAGGUGCUCAUUGUGUUGCUCCUUCGGAUAUGAUGGAUGGUCGUAUUGGUGCAAUCAAACAGGGAUUGAUGGAAGCUGGUUUGGCUCAUAAAGUCAUGUUGAUGUCAUAUGCGGCAAAGUUUGCUGGUGCUUUCUAUGGUCCUUUCCGUGAAGCUGCUAAUUCUGCUCCUUCAUUUGGUGAUCGUCGAUGUUAUCAAUUACCAAGCAAUGGACGUGGAUUAGCUCAUCGUGCGGUAUUACGGGAUAUGGAGGAAGGUGCAGAUGCCAUCAUGGUCAAACCUGGUACACCUUAUUUGGAUAUUUUACGAGAAACAGCGGAUUUGGCCAAGGAUUAUCCCAUUGCUGUCUAUCAAGUGUCUGGUGAAUACUCCAUGUUAUAUCAAGCUGCUAAGGCUGGUGUAUUCGAUUUGAAAACUGCUGUUUUGGAAACAAUGACUGGAUUUACUCGUGCUGGUGCUACUUUGAUUUUAACUUAUUAUACCCCUCGUUUAUUGGAUUGGCUUGAUGAAUAGGUUAGUUAUUUUAAUAGUUCCUCCCCUGUCGUCGGAUAAAAUGAUUUUACCCUUUCCACUUGAAAAAAAAAAAAAAUAAAGUUCACUCCGUCUCAAAAUAAAAUAAAAUAAAAAUAUUCUUGUUUUCUUACCUCUC